GUUGAACUAAAAAAAAAAAAAAAACAGACAUUUUGAGAAAGUCAACGUCCGAGACCUUUUGGUGGAAUCAAUACACCAGCUGCACUGAGCCCUAUUUCACCAAUACAGCUAUCACAAGAAAAGAGUGACUGAUACAUCACGCUCUUUUCUCUUUUAGACAUAUACCUUGUUUUUCUACACAAAAAAUGUCUGCUACAUUAAAAUACACCCCACUCUGUUCUUUUUCAGUUGUAUUUUGUUUUCCCACACACACACACACUCAUACGCACACGCAAAAAUGUCUGCUCCCUAACAUAGACCCGUCAGUCAUAAAUUGGACAGCCAAUGAACCGAACAAGUCUUAUCUCGCGUCGUUUUUCAUGCAGCCUGUGAAAGCGUCUAUGGAUAUAGUUCGAUGUCUGCCUUCAUUGCUUCUGCUCAUGGGGAUAUGCUGUGCCUCUUCGGAGAACGAUUAUUCAGAGGAACAGUGGAAAACAAGGUACGCUCCUCCCAGGUGUCAACAGCCUCCCAGGAUUGUCGGAACGUCGAAAGCAUUCCAUGAUGUGGUUCUACAACGAGUCUUCCGCACGAUGCGAGAAAUUCUACACGGGCAAAAAAUACGAUAAAGGAAACAAUUUUGCAUCUAAAGAAGCUUGUAACACGAUUUGCAGAGAUGAGCACUACGGAGAUUGUGGCGGCGCAAAGAACGACAGCAUCUGCAAGGACGAGGUAGAACUUCGCUUUUGGUUCGAUCCUGACAAUAGGACGUGCAAGUCUUACAAAUACGGCGGUUGUGAUCCGAACAGCAACACAUUUCGCACCAAGUUGGAAUGUCUCCUUGAAUGCGCGGAGUUCAUCGAGAAUAGAUGUGCUCUUCCAAUAGACGAAGGCGAUUGCAUGGAUGGUAGUGAGACUCGCUUCGGCUACAACCGAGUGUUUCAUUCUUGCGAAGAGUUCAAGUACACCGGUUGUGGAGGCAACCGAAACAACUUCAAGACUGCGAAAGAGUGCUGGACAACUUUCGCGAACAACUCCAGGUGCUUAAAGCACACGCAAGAGAAUUCCGGAUGGUACAGACCCUACACAAGCUACUACUACAAUGUUGAAAAGAAUGAAUGCCGAAAGACGAAGACAUUUUUCAGGAAAAGCGCUGCUCAUAAAUACAACAGAUUUCUCACCACACAGGAGUGCGAACGAGUGUGCAAGCGAAAACAUACGCCAAGAACACGAAGUCCGUACGAUAUGUGAAAACAAGAAUGGAGGUCCGUCACGAAAGCUACACUCACAACACUGCCACGAGGGUCCCGUUGCAGUCGUUGACUUUGGGACACUCGUCUGCGUACUAUCUGUACAUAAUCUAUGUUUUCUUAACGGAUAAUAAAUUGAAGCUGAAACUUGUA